AUGAAUUGGUCCUGCUUGGUUUGUCUGGUUCCUCUCUCACUCCUUUGGCACUGUCCAGUGAUUUACAGCAGCCCAAUGACUAGGACUCCAGAUACAGGCUCGCAAAUUGAGGUGGACUGUCCUUCCAGCUGUGUGUUUCCACCGUUUCUUAACAGUCCAUCACCAACUAAGGGCAGUGAGGAUCAGGUCGAGCUAAACAUGACUUCAAGAGAACUGAAUCCUAAAUUUUAUGAAGCAUCACGGGCGGGCCAGGCCAUCCAACACUACAUCAACACCGUCCAUGGCUCACCAUUCAGGCUGUAUACUGUGACCCAAGUCCACAAGGCAAGAGCAGAGGACAUGGGUGAAUCAGGGAUGAAGUACAUCCUUGAAUUCUCUGUGAAGGACAUCGUCGGUGAGAGUUCAGAGGGCCAGUGCUCGGCAGAGGUGCUCUACCCAAGAGGGGAGACUCAGCGUCCACCUCAGGUCCAGUGCUCCUGUGAUGGUCUACCUCGUCUUAACACCACUGAUAAGGAGCAGGCAUUCUACCAGGAAUACAGUGUCAAUAGCAAUGCUGUAACUGCAAGCUCCAUACCAGACAGCUAUGGUCACAUGGAGCCUGAUAUGGUCCCUUUCUGGCACUUGGGACGGUUGGCCGCCAGCUUUAUCAUGCUUAACGAGUCCAAUGAAAACACACUCUACAACAUGGCUCAAGUGUCCAAGAUUAAACAGCUGAAGAGUGAAGAUGAGCAGCUAAAUUUCGAGUAUGAGAUUCUCCUUCAUGACAUGAUUUCCCAGGAGAUUAUUCGUUGGAAGCUGCUAAUCACCUGGUCUCCAGCAAGGAGUGUAAAAGUUGUAGAAAGUGAAUUGCUGCCACGAUGCCGCUGCAACUAAAACCCUCAACUACACUAUAAUAAAAACAUUACUGUAAAGUUGCUUCUUGAAAUGGCUGCCACAUUUUACCUACAGCUAUAAUAACUGAUUGAUAUUUUGAGUAAAUAAAUAAGCAGGCUACGUCAA